AUGAGUUCUUCGGCUUCUUCAAAGCGUCAAGCAGUGGACUCUCCUGGAGGUCACGUCGACAAGCGUGUCAGAACCCAAAGCAACGAUGAGGACGGCGACGAGGGCAACGAAACCCAGCCGGUUUUGGCGACAGCUUGGGCUUGGCUGGCUUCUAUUCUGUCCAGUCGCAAUGGAGACCUGAAAAGCACGCCAGCCUUGAUCCGCGAUUCGCUCCGUGGCCUGAUCACACCGGAGCGAAAGCGACCGAAAAACGACAGCUACACACGACUGGAGAGAACCUCCUCCUCCAUCGAGGCGCUGCUGAUGAAACGGAUGAAAAAGACGCUCGCAAACGACACCGAUCCAUUUGAACAUCGGUCGUUUCUUGCUGCCACAUUCCCUGUUCUCAAGCAAGCCAAUCCGGAGCAUGCUCUGUCGACUCGCCUGCUGGCUGCCUACUUUGAAAUUCCCCCGAGGUUUUUUCAGGACAACUUUGAACAAACUGGCAGCUUCCAGGUCGCUGCUACGCUUCAGUUCAUACAAGAGUUUGAGUACUCGGCUCGUAACGACAGUCAGCAGCCCACGAGUCAAGAUCAGCUGCCGUGGCUUGCCAUCGCUGUUGACGGAAUUCAACAGUUGCUUGGCUGUUCGAGCUGGCUCAACGCUCAACGUCAACGUCAGCUGCUGGACAAGACUCUCGCGUCACUCAAGGCUGCCGUUAAGCGCCCCGCAGCGCGACUCUUUGUGCUUUACGCUGGCACUUUCAAAUACAACGUGGAUGAGGAGGUGGUGCCUGAACCCAAGCGCGUAGAUGCAAACCUCGAGAGCCAGUUGCAUCCUUCCGGUGGCAUACCAUGCCACAUUGAGAAGGUUCUUGGUGUGAUGGCAAGUGGCGCGGCGGCUAAACUCUGUCUGAAUGCCCGCACGUUUAUCGAGCUCGUGCACUUCUGUGCGUUCGACGCGUUCUCGAUCAAUCCUUCAAGUCUGGAUGCCCGAACUCGCUCUUGGAUUGACACAGGAUGUGCUUUCGUCGCGUGCGAGAAGGACAGCAGAGGGUCGUUGCAGUUCAAUUUGCCCAGCGAGUCGAAACUUGAUCUACUUUCGGGUGACGCCCCACUAAGACGUGACACGCUCGCACAAACGGUGCGCUCGGCCUACCGCCACGUCGAUGGACUUCAGCGCUGGCUGGACCGUCACUUCUCUUCCAAGCUUGGCGUUGCAACGAAGCUUGGUGCUUCAAAACAGGCAGACGCUUCAACGCUUGGUGUUUCGAAGCAGCUUGACGCUUCAAAACAGCUUGACGCGGCAGAGCAGAGUGGUGCACCACAGCUGCCGGCUCACAUGGACGUACCACUGAGUCGGCUGCUACCUGGCGUCAAGUUUGGUGCGGGAUGUGAGGAACUCCAACUUCGGUUGCCACUGAGCAAUUGGAGGGAAGACCUGGAGUGCAUGAUGAAGCUCGACAAUGCUGAAUGUACACUCGCGACUCACAUUGAGCCGGCUAUUGACUGUUACAUGCAUGCUCAAGUCGUCGAGAAGACUAGCGGCAAAGUGCGUCCGGCAGUCAUUGGACUGCAAGUAAAGCAUCACAAGUCUCUUCGUCUCACCACCCAAGACGAGAUUGAGAGACUGGAAACAAAUGCUCGGAAGGAACUCGCCAAGGAAUAUGUCAUGGAAGAAGACACUGUGAUUCUUGUCGGAGUCAUGUUGACGUCUCGAGUGACGAUUGCAAAUCCGCCACCGCUUUCGUGGGUGAUGCACCGCGGCGACCUGGACCAAUUCGCUCAAGGCUUCCAGAUGACAGUUCCUUGA